CUUUGGGACAGCCUCUCACUCAACGUCUUUAUCGCCUUCACCAACUGGGAAACUAACUCACCUGCAAAAUAUCCAACCAAAUAACGCUCAACAUUAGACUACUGCCAACUGACAAUGGAAACCCAGCAAAGACACGGACACCCCUCAGUCUGCCACACCUGCCGGAGAAUGGAAAACACAAGAAUGAAGGUCAAGAAGAUGUCUUCGUCCAGUCGAGUGCUGGUCAUUGCGCUCGCAGUGACUCUGUACAUAGUUGAAGUGGCCUCGGCAGAAACACUAUGUGGAGGAGAAUUGGUGGACGCGCUGCAGUUCGUCUGUGAAGAUAGAGGAUUCUAUUUCAGUAGGCCAACCAGCAGAUCCAAUAGCAGACGUCCCCAAAACCGUGGGAUCGUGGAGGAGUGCUGCUUCCGUAGCUGUGACCUUAACCUGUUGGAGCAGUAUUGUGCCAAACCUGCCAAGUCAGAGAGGGACGUGUCGGCCACAUCUUUACAGGCCAUACCCAUGAUGCCAGCACUGAGACCGGAUGCCCAGAGAAAGCAUGUGAUUAUGAAGUAUACCAAAUAUGAGGUGUGGCAAAGGAAGGCUGCUCAGCGACUCCGGAGGGGCGUCCCGGCCAUCCUUAGGGCCCGAAAGUUUCGGAGGGAGGCGGAGAAGAUCAAGGCUCGGGAACAGGCAAUGUUCCACCGGCCAUUGAUCACCCUGCCCAGCAAGCUUCCCCCAGUCCUGCACCCCACAGACAACUACGUCAGCCACAACUGAGCUUUCCCACCAGCACCCCAGCCCCCACAUCGCAAGCCCUUUGCACAGACAACGAGUUUGGAGGGAGAUGGAAAAAAAAGACUAGGGGAUUAUAGCUUUGUCUCUGACGUCAUUUCUGUGGCAAGUCCUCGAUUGGCCUCUCUCCUAACCAACCAGCCCACCCCCAAGCCUCUCCGAGCCCACCAACCAACCUACCCCAACCUCUAUCCCCAUUAACUACUUAUUGACCCCCUGCCCUGAACCACCCUAGCCCCCCCCCCCCUCACCCAGACACUCAAACAUACAUUCACAUUCUUCCUGUUCCGAUUCUCUUUUUUCUCUCUCGCUUUCUCCCUCUUUCAUUUAUAGACACAAAAGGCACCAAUGCAAAUGAUAAGCAAAUAGUUAACAAUUAGGCUGAAUACAAUUCAGGUAGAUCCUAAAAGAGAAAGGAAGAAAGAAAAAAGAAAAUAAGAGCUUGAUGGCUUGCAAGUGUCAAGAGGACAGCCGAUGGAAUGUUUUUUGUCCUUGUGGAAGACAACAAAAAGUGAAGAAACGGUUUGCAUGAAAGAUUCCAUUCUACAACGCUUUACUGAGGCAGAAAAAUAAUAUAUCUGUUAGUGCUUUUUCUUAUUAGAUUGCACCUCUAACUAUAAAGGGACUCCCACAUUGUAAGGAAUUAUUUUAUGAAACUAGAUUCCUGUUCCAGCACCUUUUUAUCACAAACAAAAAGCAGAAGAAGUCUGCAAAAUUGCACAUCGCCACGGAUUACGUCAAAGUAAAGAAAAAAGGCACUAUUUUUUUAUGAACAAUGAUCGUGUAGCUUAAAAAAAUGUCAUGGUGCUAGCUUUGGGAAUGGACUCAAAGAAGAAGAGGUUGAACGCACGUUUUUUUUCUCCUUUGAAUAAAUAUUAAAACUUUCCGUUUUAAGGAAAGUGUGACUUUAAAAAGGAGAAUAAAGCAAGGGGAGUACCUGGCUGUGUCAGAGUUAAAGGGGGAUAUGUCACUGAGAAGAGCCGUAGAGUGCAUCACCGUCAUAGCUAACAGCGUGUGCUAGCAGUCAACGCUAACUGCUCACCGGAUGAAGUGGAAUGGGGCACAUGAGACCCACUCCUUGCUCCUACUCCGAUGGUCCCAGUGCCCUAGGAAAAGGAGGAGCAGUGUGGGGACAAAAACAGGACAAUUUGAACCGCCUGGAUUAAUAAAGUACUUUGACUUCCUUUUCCGGGACAGUACUUCCUGUUUUGUCAUGGCUUUGUAGAACUUUGGGCCUGCUCUUGCAGGAAGUGACAUGUUAACAUGGACACAGAACGAGUGGGAUAAUUAUUAUAUAUAUAUAUUUUUUUUUUAUCAUUUCUUUUUUUUUUUCAUAUCCGUGUUUUAAGGAGAACAAAGGAAAAGCCUGUCAGUUUCUGGUACCGUGACAUUCCUGUUUUUAGUGAGAUAGAAUUUUUUUGGUUUUAUUGUUUUUUUCCAUGGUUGUUAUAAUAUUAUGAUACCGUUUUUAAGAAAGGCACAAAUUUCAAUUCAAAGGGAAAAAACAGCAAUAAUGUCAACUAACAUUUUAUUUUUAUUGUAUAUCAGUAGUAUUCACAUGCUUUUGCCUGAAAACAAAUACUUGAAUAUAUAUAUAUAUAUAUAUAUAUAUAUAUAAUUAGUUUCCAGGGACGUUGUGUUAUUUUCUUUAGUCUGAGCUGUAUCUUGCGUAAUGAGCCGCCAAGCUUUUUUGUUUGUUUGUUGAAAUACAAUUAAGGGCACUGUAUAAAGGCAUUAUUUAUUUUGUUAUAAAAAUAUAUAUGAAAAAUUGGUCCAAAUAAUAUACAAAGCACUGAUGCUCAACUGACAGAUUUAUUUUGUAUGAUCUUUUUUUCCCAUUCGACUUGUAACUGCUUUUUGUAGAUGCUUUGUACCAAAAAUAUUUCUUUUCUUUUUUUGGGGGUUUGCCACAGAAUUACUUUAAAUUAGUAUUUUAAAGCAAAAUAGUCUGGAUUGCUUAGACAUGUCAUGUCACAGAAAUAGGCACAUACUCUGACUACACUGGUCGGCCUGGACAUUUAGAAGUCUGGACAGGCUGACUUUGAUAAAGGACCAUGUCCUGACCUGAUGAGCAAUCAGUUACACAUCACACAUUGAUUGUACUCAACCCACUGUUUUUAAACCACUUUAGUAUUGCUGGCGGGGGAAUUAUUCUGCAUUUACAUUUUCUUUUGUCUCUUUAUCAAUGUGCAUGAUGGCCAAUCAUGAUGUAUAAAGAGCCUUUACAUUAAUAUCUGGUGCCAUUUAUAGUAUGAAAAGCUGGACCUGUUGCCAUAAUUGUUUGGGAGAUGUCUGUUCUGAUUCGUUGUUGGGACUGACAAGCUUCCUUCCUGUCUUCCAAGUCCAGAGUCUGGUUAACUUGCAUGUGACAAUGAUUAGUCUGUCAGUGUGGUGUGCUCUCUGGGAGGUGAUCUCGUAACUGUGUCAUCCCCAUUGAAGUCACUAUGAUGUUUGACCCAGAGCUCUCAUGCUCUUUCAGUCCCUCUCCUUCAACAACAUGCCACAGACUUUCUUUCAAUCUGUCUGCCUUUUGCCAUUAGAAAAGGGGCAGUCCCUCCACAUUAAACCCUCUCCAUGAUCAAUCGUCAACAUGUAAUCGAUCAAGGGCUACCAUACUGAACCAUUUUUGAAGCAGUUGAACUACUCAGGAAAAUCUAUGGUUUCUAAAGAGGGAGAUGUGAAGCUGUUGUUAAGUAGAUGGGAUGAAUUAGUAUGGCGGGACUGGGGCAACAAGGAGUGGCUACCUGUUUCUGGUUGCAAGUGACAGCUGUAUUCCAGGUGACAUGCAACUGGGUCCAGUGUACUAUUAGUAGGGCCAGGCAUUUCGGUUGUUUCGUCAAAUGAUUCUGCAUAACAACCAAAACACCAGCACCUAAUGAUAGACUCCUUGGAAGUCUGUGCUACAUGUUUUAGUUGCCUUUGAUAUGAUAUGAAUAGAUUACUUUAUGGAUACUUGUCCCAAUGGGGCAGAGGUGAAUUGAGCCAACUCUGAAUAUCCUUUCCUGUCCCCUCAUUUAAGAGGGCCCUGACCUACCGUACAACCUAUAUGACCCCCAUGCCUAUAUGUCCUGUCUUUGAUUCUAUAGUCUACUUCAGUUGUGUAACAAAGCAGUGCAAUUAUCAUUAGAUUUCCCAGACGGUUAUCUAUCUCUUUUUUCCAGACAGUAAAAAUGACAAGGUUUAUUUUAUUUUAAAUGAUUUUUCUGCUAGGACUGCAUUCACAAU